UGGUUUGGUUCCGAGCAGUACUCGUAGUUUAAUCGGUAAAUUUACCCUGUAAUCUAGUGUUCCAACAAUCGAAUGUCUGUGCGGUAUGUAGUUAAGUAUCCCGGGCGUGUGAUGCGGCUCGAGUUGAUCAGUUUAGUGUGCCGGAAGUAAUCGAAAAAUACGCUGAAAAAGUGAGCCUUCGUAUCAUCUUUUGUCGUAGUGGUAGAGCACCGAGUUCUCUUAAUUUUUUCGUAUGUGAAAAGAAAAAGCAUCGCAGCUUCAUUCAGUGAGAAAGUGGUGCGUGAAAUCACCGUGAGACGGUGAGCAGGUGAGCGAGUAUGUGCCAAUGAAAAUGCAGCCAUCAGUGUGAGAAUAUUGUGCAGUGAUUGGUGAGAUCUCUCUGGCUGGUUAUUUUCUACUAUCAUUACUACACUACUACAAAUACCGUUGGUGCUAUUUGGAAAUGUGUGCGGUGCCAGGAAAAGGAAAAUGAAAUUACAUUCAUUGAAUAGCGGUGUAGACAAAAAAAGAUUUGCGGUACAUUAGAUGCACUGCAUGAACAACUCUGGCAGCACUGUGCACAACUAACUGUGCAAAUUGAGCCCGGAAUAUCAUUACCGCAAGCAUCGGCAAUAUCAACAGAACCGAAUACGUGUAAAAAUAUGUAAAAAUCAGUGUGCAUUCAUAAGAUAAUAAGCUCGAAUUCUCUGCUAAGUGUGAGUGUCUAUGUUUGUAAUCGAAAAGUAGUCUAUCUAAGCAUGUACCUAUGUGAAUAAUCGAACGUGAAAUGAAAUUCAAAAUCGUGAAUAAAAAUUCGAUUUUUAUGCAUUGACCGGUACCGGACGAUGUGCAGCAGCUCGGGUCCUAGCUGCAGUCUGCAGGCAAAGUGAAAAGCCUUUCCGGGGCGCAACUCUAGCAGCAGCAGCAGUAUCCUGUAGUAGGCAUUUCCUAUUCUCCCCGGAGUCAGCCGGAGGCCGUCGCACUUUUGCGUCCGCCUUGGCCGACAUCCGUCUUGGUACGCCAAUGAAUCGUCGGCAAUCGUUGGACAAGCCAGGUAUUCUGUCUCCUCCGGGUCCAUUUCUAACACCAAGUCCAUCACCAUCGAUACCAGCGAGCCCACGACUGCAGCCUUCGCCGUCACAGUCACCGUUUCAGCAGCAACAAGCACAGGAUGUCUUGCUGGUAACUAACAGUAGCAUCAGCCACGUGACUCAGGAGCAAGAUCGAAAAAUUGGAAUCACCAAUCGACGUCAAUCGUUUAACCAACAAUCUCAACAACAACAACAACAGCUCAGUAAUAAUAGUCCGAAUGCAGGCACGGUUGUGUACCGGCCAAGUCCGACACAGUCACCGGCCGGGGCGGCUACUUACAGUAUCACUACCAUACCUGGCAAUGAGUUUAAUACGACACUAGUGGGUUCCAAUAACAUCUCAUUGAACAAGAAGGGCCGCAAAUCCUCUUCGGCAACUGUGAUACAUCAGCCGCAGUUACUUCAGUCUCCCCAACAACAACAACAACAGCAGCAUACCUUUAUUCAAUCCCAUGUUUCUCAUGGUCAUGGGACUACAAUCGGCACUCCGGUUUGUAGCCCGAAAGCGGCGAAAAAAGCUCUGCAGCAACAUAUCCAACAGCAUCAACAACAGCAGCAGCUUCAGCAAAACCAACAGCAACAUCAACCGCAAACAGUAUCCUUUGUUGGAAGUCCAAUCGCCAGCCCGAGCCCGAUUGCGAGUCCCAACGGAGGUCAAAUUCUGGUCACCACUAGCAGUCACGGUGGUUUGGGCGGCAGUAUUAUCGUUGGCAGUGCAAAUCAUUCAACUUCCCAAGCUACUGCUGGGCAUCCAUGCUCAGGAGUAUCGGCUACUGGGGCUGCCCAGCUAAGGCCUCCCACGCCACAACCUAUUAUGCAGCAAUAUCCUGUAAUGGGCGCCGGCAAUCAAAUAGUGCAAAUAUUUCAAGGUUCUCAAUUUAUUACUCAGCAUCCAUCAGUGUCGCAGCAGCAGCAAGCGUCUAUUCAGGGACAAUCCCAACAACUGCAAAACCGUCAAUCGAUCAUAUCGCAUUCGCCCCAACCCCAGACGCUUAACAAUCAGCCUACGACGCCCCAGCACCAUCAGCAGACGCAGCAGCAACAGUUCAUUCAGCAAAUCAUAACGUCCUCUCCGUCUUCUGGAUCAGCAUCGUCUUCACCAGCGUCUAUGUCAGUUGCAGGAGGAACGGUCAUCAUAGGUGGUGGAGGUGGAGUGAUAGGUGGAGGACACAGCCAAAAGCACCAGAAAGGUCCACAACAAAUUUUGCCAAAACCAGUUACACCGUCGGUAUCCCCGUCGCCGGGUUCUGCCCAUCAAAGUCCGCAGCAACAGCUACAAGUUAGUUAUAAUCCUACCUCUCUCAGUUACAGCGGAAGCAAAACAGUCAUGAGUCAACCCAAGACUUCGAUGGCAACGGUAAUGACCCACAUGCCGGCACAACUUCACGUCUCACAGACUACUAGUGGGGGGCAGUAUUUAACCCAAUCAACUGCACAUCAAGCUCAACAACCACAAACCACAGCAACUACCCAACAGCCGCAAUUGGUAGCAACACCGCAAACCACACCCACUGGGACUCAUACGCCAACUCCUCAGAAUGGGAGCUCCAUAAUCCUGCCGGCGGGUAAUUUGAACGCACAACCUUUGCUGCUCAACCAAAUGCCCGUUAUUGUACAUCCAAAUACACCUCAAGGCGUUCAGCUUAUUCUGCGACCGCCCGCCCCGCAGAUAGCCACUCCCAGUUUGGUGAUCCACAAUACCAGACCUCAACUGCAACAACCACAACCCCAACAAGUGCUGCGAAUACUGAAUACAAAUGGAGCGAUGCAAUUGGCAGCAGCUCCGACGUUUAUCGUUUCCUCUCAAGGGAAUUUGGUGCAGCAAAAUAUACCUGGACUGAAAACAAGUCAGGGGGUUCCCUUGACCCAAAUUCAGGGUUUGUCCGGUCAAAGACAACCGCAGCAGCUAGCGGCAGCUAUUAAUCAGCAUUUGCUCAGUCAAGGAGUAGCUCAAAUUCAGAACCUCCAAUUGAACGGGAAUCUGACACAAAUCCAAGUGCCAAAUGGACUCAAUGGACAAUUGCUGACAUCCUUGCCAACUCAAUUUCAGCAGGGUGUGGGUAGUUUUAGUUUACAGAACCAGAAUAUAAAUCUAAACCAGAUUGGCAGUGCAAACUUUUCGCAAUUAGCGGCAGCUGCGGCUGCAAGUGGGACCACCUUUACAUCGCCGCCACCUCCGACUCAGGUAACGCAAUCUUCUUCGGGUCAAGCCGGCGAAAUAGUGAUGAGUGGUGCGAACAUUCAAUUCACAACAACUGCACAACCAGGAGGAACGAUAACUGCAGCUGUGAAUACCAACCAAGCACACCAAGCUGCACAGGGACAAAUAAUCACUGGCUCGUCCUUGGACAGUCAGUUGCAAACUACGCAAAUCAUUUCGUCUUCUGCUCAGGAACCGAUUCGACAACCCACACCGAUUAUUACAACACAGAUACCUUCUCAACAGCAACAGCAGCACCAACAGCAGCAGCAGCAACAUUUUUUCACCGGAAAUACCAUAGCACCGCAGGUCCCGGUUCAAAUUCAGCAACCACAGCAUCAACUGUUGCCAAAAUUCGAACCGGAGAAACCGAAGAAAGAACGCAAAAGUAAGAAAAAGAAAGUCACGCAACCUCCGAUUGCAACUGCCGCUCCAAUCAUUGUGACUCCCAGUGUACCAGUGACAAGCCAAGUUUCAAUUCCGUCUGUACCCGCUCCCACAGCAUACACCGAACCAGUGUCUUCACCUCCUACGUCGCCUACAUACAGCAAUACCCACACUGCAACCGGAAAGUUAGAUUUAGCUAAUUUAAUGAAAAUUUCCGGGAUUGGUAUCGAGGACGACGAUUUCAUGGAUACCGAUGAAUCGCCAUCGAAUCUACAGCCACCACCUUUAGUGCAGGCAAGUUCAGACUAUGCCAAUGUUGUAAUGCAGCAAAAUGAACCGGCGCCAAAAGAGCUUAUGUCUCCACCAGCGGCACCGUCUGCUUCUGCAGCAACCACAGACAUUAUGAUCACAAUUCCGGCCAGUGUCGCUGGUGGAUCAAACAUGGAUUUUCCUUACACAAUCUCAAUUCCUACCUCCGGCCUGGAAGGACAAGAUGCACAAGUUAAGGUCUCAGCGUCCAGUGAUGUCAUGGCAACUAAGCCUUUGGCGCCUCAUCACCCUCCGCAGCAGCAAGCACAACAUCAACAGCCUCCCCAAGAACCACCUCCGUUUAUGAUCACCAUCGAUUCAUCCGGUGAUCCAAACUCGGCCCAGCCGUACACGAUCUCAAUACCUCGCCUAUCAUCUAGUGGUAACAGUUUGGAUGAGGCUAAAGUAGUUAGUAUAGCAACAGUGGCGCCAACCCAAACCGUUCAAACUGUUACCAGCAGCACACCAUCAAUUACCACUCCGCCAAAUACUCUCUGCGUCAACAGUCUAAUGAACAACGUCCUGAACACACAAAUGACUCCGACGUUACAAAGCCAGAUUAACGAAAUUCAAAAUCAGUUAAUCCAGGCUGCAGCGUCGUCAACACCAUCGACUCCGACGUCAUUCAGUGCGCCAAGCCAACAUUGCGCUCAUCCCAGUAGUCAACCAAUGUCGAUGACCACCUCAACUAGUUUUAGUACAUCAAUUGUCACAACCUCUGCAUUGGCUUCUCCGAUGACUACUUCCAUGGUGAUAUCCCCAAGUAAAACCACCGUAACGACGCCCAGUAAAAAGAAAUCCGGUGGUGGUAAAAAGAAUGGAAAGAAACUAGCGGAAAAACCGUUGGAAUCGCCCAUCAAUACCGCUACUGUACCAACUCAAAUCGGGAACAUACAAAUAUCACAGAUCGAUGGAACAACAGUGAAUAAUAACAAAACAGCUAAAGGGAUGAUUAAUAAUCAGAUUCAGAUCACCCCAAUUUUAGACAGUAGCAAAACGAAUGCGCCGCAAUUUCAGCCGCAGGCUGCAGUGCCCAUGAAUGUGUCUUCGACAGUUCAGCUGCAACAAGCGCAGUCAACUCCUACGAUGACCAGUCAAAUUCAACAACCGCUGGUGAACCAACCGAUAAUGCACACUGCUCCAAUUCAACAUCCACCAGCAAUUUCUCAAAUUCCCAUUCAACAACAACCGCAGCAACAGCCAACGGCUCAAGGUAUUUUAUCGCAACUAACCGGAGCACUAAGCCUUUCACUAGGUGAAAACGGGCAUUUCAUUUUAAAGCACGACGUUAAUAGUCCUCAGGAUCACCAGUCACAAAUGAUUCUGCAGGCAAUUUUGUCCGGUGCACUUGGAAAUGUUAGCUUGGUGAAUGAGCCUUCCAAACCCUUACCGCCUGCUCCACUCAUUACUCAUCAGCAGCAACCAGCAAGUCCCGUAAUUCAGCAACACCCUUCCAAAACAGUGGCCACCGUUAGCGGCCAAAUCCAGCAUAGAAACGUAAUUGUUACCAGUUCUCAGCACCAGCAAACGGCAACCGGCCAUAUAAUGGCUACUUCCUUCAAUACUCAAGCGAACCCAAAUGUAACAACAACGAACAGUUCUCUGCACAUCAUGCAACAACCGGUUCCGGCAGCUCCUCAUCUAGUCCACCAGCAACAUCAAACGCUAGGACAUACGCAUGCCGUCACGGGCAUAACACAAAGUUUGAAGGAAGUUCGAAAACACGAAGUGAUUACGACGGAUUCUGCGCCUCCAGUAACAUCAGUGGUUCAGCAUCCGCCUCAAUCUCAGCAACAGACGGUUGUAAUCAAUUCGAAUGCCCCGAAAUUUGUGGAACUUCCCAAAGUUGGUCCCAAUCAGCAGCUGUUCUCUCUGAACACAUUAACUAACCAAAUUACCCAAAUGAGCCCUGGUCAAACUACAGCUGCUCUCGGGCCAAUGGAGCGUCUAUUGAUCGUACCAACGGGCAUCAAUGCCCAACAGCUGGCACAGUGCUUGUUGCAGGGUCAAAUACAUUUCAAUAAUAUUGGCCAAGUUACCCAAUCCAGCGAUCCCAAACCAACACCCCCAUCAAUCCAACCUCAACCACAGCCUCAAACUCAAGUGUCGCACAUGCAGCCACAACAACAAAACCAACAAGUUGCUGUCCAAAACAGUGCACAUUUCAAGGCGAAUAAUACAGCUGUGCCAGUGCAGACAAUGACUACACAGAAGGUAAUCAAUCCAGUGAAACCAGAAAAACCUAAACGAAGUCGGUCAAAAAAGGCAGACAAACAGCCACCGACUAAGCCGCAGAGUUUGGUAAAAGUGAAUCCGGUCGGUAGUGGGCUGCCGCAGAAUGUUAUCCUUCAGCCUGGUCAGCAUGCUCAACCAAUUUUGGCUGAAGAUGGUACUAAAAUUGGAACCAAAAUUGUUGGUACAGUGAAUCCGAACAAUUUUGUGACGAAUCCACCACCCGUUGCACAAGUUCAACCUCAGCAGCUGAUUCAUCAAAUCGGUGCCACAAAUAACUGUGGAACCAAUAUCAAUAAGGCUUCAAUCGGCAAAACUAACCUUGUGGGACCAGCUGGUCAUACUAUAAGCGGAGUAACCCAGUGCAAUAAUCUAAUUGUAAACAAUGCGACUUUAGGAACGAAUGCUCACUGCAGUAAUAACCUUAAUAGCAACAAUAGCAGUAUCAUCGUCAACAGCAGCAGCACUACUAGCAACACCAUUGGUAGUACCAACAAUAGCAGUAGUAGCAGUGUAAACGUGGGUGUUCAACCGAGUAACGUAAUCAGUGGUAGUAAUUUAGGCACCAGCAGUAAUAAAAAAGGAAAGGCUCCCAUUGCCUCUUCCAUUCCCGCUGCUCAAAUGCAGCCAGUAGCGCACCAGAUGCCUCCAUUGGUAAGUGUUAAUUCUGCAGGAGGAACCUCAAGCAGUUCCACCAACAGCAUUGGAACUCCCAGUGUCGUCCCGAGAGUUCAAACCAUCCAGCUAACACCCCAAAAGCAACAACUAUUGAAAAGUGUCCAGCAUCAAAUUCAGCAGCUUUCAGCGAAAUUGCAAAACAAAAACCUGCUAGCCACAUUAACCAUUCCGGCGGAUUUUGAUCCCUCCAAUCCAAUAUUCAACAAACCACUGCCAGUGCUUACGAACAUUCAGGCCAUGACAGAUCCGGAAAUAACGCAAGCCCUCCAACGAUUGUUUAUUGAACAGCAGAAAAUUUUGGCAACCGGAAAAAUCAUUCCAACCAUUCCAGCAGGACAUGCUCUCGCAGUAGCGGCUGCAGGUAAUGUGGCACCUCCUCUACCAGCUACGAUGUCAUCUGGAUCAACCACGUCAGCAGCAGCCAUUGUCAGCAAUGACCCGAAACCACAACAGGCAAUUGUAUCACCGAUCAGUGUUACACCAACAUCAGCUAACGCUGCUAUGUAUCAGGGCGGAGCCAAUAUGCAAACACUGCCAUCGCCAAUACAGAUCAAUUCACCACAGGUCGUCAAACAGGAUCUCAUGUUACCGGCUUCUAGUGGUUGUGCGAACUCUUCGGUAGUUACGUGUACCAGCUCGUCCAUGUCUAUCACAAUUACAAAUAGCAAUGUACAAUCUCAACAGACGAAAGUUUGCCAACCACCAAAACUGUCGGCCUCGGGAACGUCAAUCAUUCCGAUCAGCUCGGCACUACCACCUAACACAACUAUGAUGAACAGUCAAACGUCCGUUGCAGCAUCCAAUCAGUCGAUUAUCAAAAUCAACACCAAAUCACAACAACAGCAAAAUCAAAUGCAACCGCAACAAACCCAGCAUCAACUAAUCUUGAACAAUAAAAAUGUGACGCUGUCAAGCAACCCUCACACCAGUAUUCCAAUGCCUUCGCUGGUUCCCACACAGCCGCAACAUCCACGUUCUCAUUCUAUGAGCGUUACAAAAAUUGAGCUUCCCUCAACGCCCCCACCAUCAUUGCUGUCCACACAACAGCAUCGUUCAAACACGCCGAUACCACCACCACUAGUACCAUCAUCCAUGCCAGUUCCUCCUAAUCAAGGAAACAAAAACUACACCGGCCAAUCAAUAGUGAUAGUGAGCGGAUCUCAAGCGAUCCUGACUAAUGCACUUCCAUCAGCAGUGGCUGGGUGCAAGAAUACCGUAAUGUCUGUACCAUCAACUGGUGGUGUUGUCCAGGCCAAUCCAUCUCUUCACAUACAGCUGCAACAACCUUCGCAACCAAUGACAAACGUACCUCCACCGUUAAUUACGAUGGCUUCAUCAAUAGUUCCCACCUCCUGUACAAUGGUUUCAACUACGUCCUCCGCCACCAUACAUCAUUUGCCAGUGACAACCACUACGGUAACGGUGUCUACCGUUGCAUCUGCAAUUACCAGUACAUCUGCCAUUAUGAGCUCGUCAGAUAACAAUAGCGAUACUCCUGUGCCAGUUUCAUCAACCGUUGUGACACCUGUGGUAGCCACUGCGCCAACCAUUGUUACUACCACCAUACCAGGCUGCCCUAAGCCAGUCGUUGUGCCGCGAUCAAGUUUAUUCGAACGACAAAUUUCGGUAGAUCAGGAUGCCUGCACUCGGCCGGACACCUGCACUCCGUUUACCAACAAACAGGAUGCGGUGAAACGGUUAAUCCGCUACCAUUGUAUGUUCGAAGAGCGGUGCGAAGCGAACGAAGUAGAGGAGGAUGCUUUCGAAGCAGCGGCGCUCGAAUUUCCCACCGUUUACCGGAACAUGAUGAACAAAUAUCAGUGGCUUCUGAUGCAGGAAUCGAUGCGCCACGUACGUACAACGGAAUUGAUGAUGGUAGACCGCAUGCUCAUCUCGGACGUCAAAGAAGAAAUUCUUCAGAUGCAGCUGAAUAUUAACGACCUUCUGAAUCCAACAAUACCUGAAUUACCACUAAACUUAGACUCUCAGCCACCGGACUUAUGGUACCAACAACAAAUGAAUGCAACUGAAGAGGAAAGUAAGGUCAAAAAGGAAGAACUUCCUUUUGCAAAUUCCCUCAUGGCUUCCGCUUCACAUACCGAACCGGUAGUUUGUUCAGCGGUUAUAAAAGAGGAAAACAUAAAAAUAGAAGGCAAUGCCACAGAGGAUCUGGUAGCCUAUCGUCAUCAUCCGCAGCUGAGCACGUCUCCUUUAAAGUCCAGCACGGUGCGGCCUUCAUCGGAUGUGCUGAAGAAAGAGUUCGAUAGUUUUGAUGACAUCGAAAGUGAGAUCACGCCCAGUUUUAUUAUGAAAAAAUGUGACAGUGUAAAAGCGCCUCAACCACAAGCUCACCCACCCCCGCCUUCGCUAAGCUAUUUCAAUCACGUCGGCGAAGAUCAAUGUUCUGCAAGCGGAACUAGUGGAGCAAAAAUCACGGAAGUAACUAAGCCUACCGAACCCUAUGAUGAGUGGUUAUGCAUCCAAAAAGAACUAAACUAUCUUACUGAUGAGCGCAGGGGUGGAAAUGUAUCUAAAAACGUCAAGAGUCCAGAAGAGGAGAUUAUAGAAAAGCAACUUGAUGAUCUCUUCAAUCCCACCAGCGAAGAAAAAGAAAGUGACGGUGUUAGUCGAACUCAAGUGGACUCUCCAUUGGCGGAUUUUUUCAAUUCCCAGCAGCAAGACUCCGGUGUAGGUGGAAGUGCUGGUGGUUCCAGUGGUGUACCUUCCGACAAAUCGGUUGAAAAUCGAUUGGAAGCAUUGUUUGGUGGGACUCCGCUGCAUAAUAGGAGUUCGGAAGAUAAUUCGCCAGAAGCGGUUGUAGAGAAACAGGUUGACUUAAUUGAAACACGGUUGGAAGCGUUAUUUCAAGGUGGCGAAAGCGCACUGGAUAAUGCGAGCUUUCUCCAUAAAACAAACAAUUUCGAAAUGAUGCAGGUGCAGCUUAGCCAGAAGCGUCAUUGGACUACAUCGAAUGACUGUGAUUGGGACGAUGGAGAAAACUCUGGGAAACGGCAGUGCUUGCCUGGAAAUAAUAGAUCGCAAGAUAAUGACCAUCGUUGGCUAUUAGACUGUGCACAAACUCAAAGUCAACAUCUUCCGGACCAUGUAACGGGGGGCAUGAGAUCUCAGCAGAGUAAUACGAUAUCCGCAGGACUGGACGGACCACACGACGGUUCCGGCAAACAUCACCUCCAGGCUUCAUCAUCUCAAGCGGCAUCAAAUGAACUACAGCAUCAAUUGAACCACAUUAAUUUCGAUGCUAGUGGUCACCCGACUUUGAACUUCGAGGAGGACAUCAGUCGGCAGGUGCAAAACGCUAUCGAUUCCAUCCUAAAUCUGCAGAGCAACGAAACUGAAGCUGCUUUACACUUUCCACUUGAUCAAUCAUUUUUGGUGGACAGUCCACAAUCAGCGGCUAUGCAGCGACCUCCGUCAUCAAACAAGCGGAGAUAUCAUUUGAUUAACCGCCUCGAUGACAUAAGUGAUUGUAUUAGCUCGGCUAUUGAGGACGGGCCAGAGAAUAAUGCUACUGGGCAUCAUUCCCAUCACAAUAACCACCAUCUAAACCACGUGCAAGUACAUCAUGCGCAAACUCAUCUACAUCAUCACCAGACAACUCUUUCCUACCACCAUCACAGUCAAGCUAGCACGGUAGGAGCAGGUGCCGGGUCAGCAACGAUAGACAGUAGUGGUAACAGUAGCGCUGGUGAUCAACCGGUAAAAACUAUCAUCAAAUCCUGACAACUUUCGUCUGUUGUAGCUACAAGUCAAUCGUUGCUGCCGGGGCACGGAGUAAUGGUAGUUAAUACUCCGAACGAGGCAACGGCAACCACAGCAGCAGUGUAGGCGGAUGGCAGGCUGUGAAAGUUAUUGCGGGGAACUGGAAGAAAACUAGGAGGUUAGUUUAAACGGAUAGAUCAGUUUGCGGCGGGCCUGUAAAUUCUUCUGUAUUGCCAACCUAAUCCAUUGUGGGUCUUAGAAUGUUUUUUUUUAGUUUUAUGACAGUUUCCGAUAGUACGAGAUUGAUACUGCGGAACGAAUUGGUAUUAAAAUUCAGUUUUACAAUUUUGUUAAAUAAAUAUUUGUUAUAUGUGAACUAGGAUAUAUUCCAAGAAUAGAAAUAGUGCUAUUUUAUAAUCAGUUUGUUUAAUUAAUCUUUUUAUAUUGACGAAGUAGAAAGUUAUGGACUUUAAUCUACGAAUAAAAAUAUUAUUUAAACCUCAUUUUGCAUCACUGGCACAUCGGCUCACCAACGAAAAAUUAAUGAAAAGUGGAAUUCAAAUGGAUAAAAAGUAUUUACCGUAUACCGUAUAGGUGCAUAAUGCUGAAUACACUCUGAACUGAAUCCAGAAAGGCUGAUGUCUCCUAUAUUCUAGCAUAUAUUAUGAAACGAUAUUUUUUUCCAUCUUGCAAAUGUUACACAGUUCUUUGCUUUGCAUUUUAUUUUCCCGCACAGUUGUGAUUUGAAUUAUUUGAUGUUAAAUUGAAAAAAUUUGAUAAGAAUAAGCCGUUUUUCAACCGAUCAAAAACACACCGGGUCAAGAUGGGCACCAUGUCCUAAUUCCUGAAAAAGUUUUACUAAAAGCUUUUUACUAAAUGGAGGUUGCAAGUGCUUCGUUUUGGUUAACAACACUGUUUUUUAACAGUUCGAAAAAUAAACUAACAGCCACUUUGAAGCCUCGAGCUGGAACGGUUAAAAGUUGCUCCUACCGUUAGCGAAAUCUACCGAACCGUUCCUUCUUCCUUGGAAAGCACAGCAUUUUUGUUAAAUAGCUAGAGAAUGUUCUUUUUUGUUACUUGAAAAACCAAACUGUGAAGCGGAGGUCACUCUGUGGAAGCAUUUUUUUAACUUGAAGGGUAUGAUGGAUCAAGUCUUCCUCUUGUUUUCGGCUGAAUACGAACUUAACCCUCUAACGGGCAACACCGUAAAAAUGAUGCGAUCAAGCUAAUGACUAUUUUAUCAUGAAAGUACACAUAAAAAAACCUUAAGUUCUGAUUUUCAUGCAAAAAUAAUUAUCUUGAGCAGUGCCAGGCAAGAAAAAGUCCAAUUUCUCUUUUUCUUUUUUCAUGUCUAACGCUCUGCCCAGAUAUUUUUUCAAUUCAGAUAUAUUACAAAAUUAAAACAAUGCAUGAAAUUUACUCAUAGAAAUUUCUUUUAGGUCAAUCAUUUUGUUCUAGAUGUCCUUUUCCUUCAAAAGUAAAAAAGGGAAUAUUCGCGCAUUAAUUAUUUUUGGAAUUUUUCGGAAUUUUUGUUUUUGAAAAAUGAUAACUUUUGAAUGCAUGGUCAGAAUGUUAUGAUAUUAGUAUUAAAAUGUCAAGAAAUCUGUUCUGAAUACAUUUUGCAUAUUGCCAAUUAAAAACAAAUUUCGUAUUCGGCUCUGGAGCUCAAAAAGCGAAGGCCGUCUACAGACGGUCUUACCCGUUAGAGGGUAAAAUAACCCGAUUACCAACGCACUAUUGGCAAAAACGAGUGAAAAAACAGACGGAAUUAAGGUAAGGUCUGCAGGCUGAUAAAAUAUAGGUGAUCCUAUGUAAAAUUUUCCGGAGAAUCUCGUGGUGCCCACCCCUUUCCUGUUUGCCAUCGGGAAGUGCCCCAUUUUGCUCAUUUUCCCCUAUUUUUAACAUUCUUUUACACUAAUUGAGCUAUACCUAGCAAGUUUUUGAGAAAACAGAACUUAAAAACUUGAUAUUUUUGUGUAAAAAAGUCCGCAGUAUCGAAUAGGGCUUAUCCUAUUAAGUUUGGUGCACAAUAAUUUUUUUGGUAGAACGCGCGUUACCAAGCCGACCGUAUCAAACGGGAACCCAACUAAUAAAAUUUAGGUGCUCUAAACUAACUGAGGUAAACCCUAUUCGAUUCUGCAGACUUUUUUAAACAAAAAUUUCAGGUUUUUAAGUUUUAUUUUCUCGAAGUCUAGCUUGUUAUAGUCCAAUAAGUGUGAAAAAAUGUCAAAAAUAUGGGAAAAUGAGCAAAAUGGGGCACUUCCCGAUGGCAAACAGGAAAGGGGUGGGCACCACGAGAUUCUCCGGAAAAAUUUACAUAGGAUCACCUAUAUUUUAUCAGCCUGCGGGCCGUACCUUAAUUGCGUCUGUUUUUUCGCUCGUUUUUGCCCAUAGUGCAGAGCAACACUUCUAGAAUUUACUUGAGGAGUCUUUAGCAUCCUGUAGUUUAGUGGUGUGCUUCUUCUAAAGUAAUAUCAUUCCUCAUUCACCGCAGGAAUGGUAGCUCGAGCAUCCGUGGUAUUUCAUCGUUUCUGUUCAGAUGUGUAUAAUAAUAGUGACACAAAAUGAAAACAACUUUGGCGGUUGCUUAAUUUUUAACAAGUUAUGUGACAUAAUAUGUCGCAAAAUUGAGGAAAAUGGUGCUCAUAUCACCCCGGAAAGUGCAUGUUUUUGAAUUGCAAAAACAACUGAAAUUUAUAAUAUUUAAUAACCUUAUUUCCUGGCCGUAAAAUGUUGCAGAAAAUAAAGGCUGCCAGGCCGACACUUUAAUAGAUUUUUUCUAACGAACGUGUUUUGUAUUCAACACUAAAAUAUUACCUAAUUGUACAAUUUAACAAGUUGUACGAGUUUAAUAAUGCAAGACGGCUUCACAGGUGAGAAAUGCAAUAAAUGCUGUCUCUGAAUAAAUAGUAAUUCUGCAGAAAAAAGUGAUGUGCGAAAUACAGAAAACAUCAUAAUUAAUCAGCAUACUGAUCGUAAUGAUGAUCUUCCAUCAAAAAUCCUCUUGAAGAGAUUGAAAGAAUCAUUUUUUUUAGAGAUUGCUCUUCGGGAAACUGUUUCUUUCUGCAGAACGGGUGUUUAAAUUAAGGCCAAUCAUCCACUUGGUCUGACUGAGAGUUGUCAUCUUUUUGUGACAGACGGAAUAUUCGUCAGAUAAUAUUAUGCAACGAAUGAGAUGGUAGUUUGCUAUGGCCUCUUAAGAGUCCCUAAGAUUUUAAGCUCCCAUGUUGAUUGACCGUUAAAAAUACUGAAAUCAAUCAAAAGUUUUGUCAGCAUCUCUGUAAAAAGCGAACUAUAUUUGUUGUACGAAGAUGCUUUGCUUACGUGAGUAAACAGUGCCCUUAAGUUUACGCGCCUUGUUCACAAUUUCAAAUGAUCACAAUUUUAUGGCUCUUGGAAUGCUUAUAACAGUUAAUACAAAUACAUUUCAUUUGGUAAGCCUGCAAACUGAUGCUAAGAUAAUCCUUUAAAACCGGCAACAACUUACGUGAAACAGAACCAACAGUUGGAAGGUGUUCUCAUGAAAAUGAACGACUGUAAUUAUAAUAAUUAGCAUAUAAGACUACCGAUCUAAAUCAAUGAAAAAUCACGAAUGUCGCAUCCCGUCGAAGCUGACUUGCCUUGUACAUUAAAUACCGUGGUUUGGCCAUUUUUCGUAAGCGGUCAGAUAGGCCACUCACACAAGAGCAGCUCGAAUUGAGGAUAUGACAACGCGCGGUAAAAUAACGAUCACAACACUACACACGGAUUAGAACUUUUUCAACAAAGUGUGAAAAACUCAAUCAAAGCGGGCAGCAUAGAGUUACAAAAACCUAUAUAAAAUGUAAAUUUUAAUAACUUUUAGCUUUUAAGAGUGAUGCGUUAGUAGUAGUGAUAGAUGAGAACGUCACGUUUUAAAUCUUUCAGUUGAAGAUUUUAAGGCAAGCGCACUGAUGGUAGCAAAACUAAAAAUAAACUAAAGAGUGAAAAUAAGACAUGAUAAUACGGUUACGAAUUCGUCAUGGGCGUUGUCAAUGCCUUGCAGGAUUCAGCGUAAUGCAACAAACUUUGAGUUUAUAAAGACUUUUUGCUUUAUCUUUCUAGAACAAAGCGAAAAAAACACAGUGACAACAAACUAAUGUAAUUUGUAGAGAUUCUAUAAGAGUGAAAUCGAUAUUAUAUAAGUAGGUAAUUUAGUUUUUUCUGUAUUAUUUUAAAUGCUGAAUUUAUUUAAUAUUUAUAUAAAACCACUCCGGAAAGCAAACAAAUUUACAUUACAAAACACACGGAGUUUGAGAAUGGUUGAUUAUGUUUGCCGUCUGUUUUCUGCAUAACCAACCAAAUUUAAACGCACUCCAAGAGUUGCCGUUCAAUCUAUAAAUAUAAGAGUUUGCUUGCAAACAGGAAGUGUACAUAGAAUUGAAAGUUUAACUAGUAAAAUUGAUUAAUCUACAUUAUCAGUGCUCGUCCGUUGGAUGUACGACCUAUGUUCCGGGAGCAUCUUCUGUGCGGAUUGGUUCGUAUUAUUAUUAUUAUUAUUACUAUUAUUAAUAUUAUUAUUAUAUUAUUUUCGUCCAAAUUAGAGUAUAUUGAGGUGAACUAAACGAUCAAGUAAGAUUUGAAGGGCGACAGAGCACAGCUUCAGAAAACCAUUGAUCAAUGUAUAAAGAGAACUGUUUAACGAAAAUUGAAAAUAACUAUAAAAUAAUAAUA